AUGGACACACACGCGGCGGCGGGAACAUCGCGUCUGCCUGAUUUAGCGACACCGCAGACGCGCAGAAGCUUAGACCGGCGUUCAGCUGCCACGCCCACCCUCUCGCACAAGACUUCGAUGAUCAGCGCGACUGAUACAUUCGCAUCUGCAACCGACGGUGAAGGAUACUACACCGACGCUGCUGCUGAUGUCAGCGCCUAUCAUACCGACGACGGACGCAGUCGGUUCGAGAGCGUUCCACACGCUAUCAACGCACAUGGUCUGAGCAGCGAUGGUGAGGGCGCAUCCUUGUCAAGGACGUCUUCGAACAGGACCGCACAGCGUGGUGACCCUCAGGCUGCACCUCUACCGAAUACAGACACAAUACACCAACAACUAGGCGCGCUGUCGCCAACAUCACCAACGACGGCGGCGAUAUCAGGCUCAGCUACCAGCACGCAGCGAGACCCAUCCAACGAAGAAGCAGGCAAACAGCUCGAGCCUGGUCAUCAGUCCUCCACCCCGGCCACACACCAUCGAGCCCUACGCCACUGUGCCAUCCUCGGCCUGCUCUCGCUCUCCGCCAUCUGGGGCACACUAGCCCGCGAAGGCCUCGUAGCGCUCAACACGUACGACGGCGAAAGCGUCGCGCCGCUCGUCUGGGCUCAAAGCGUCGGCUGCCUCAUCAUGGGCCUCGCCAUCGGCGCCAAUCGGCAGGCGAUCGAGGGUCGAUACCCUCCCGCCUACAUUAUGAUCACCACCGGGUUGUGCGGCAGCAUCACCACGUUCUCCAAAUGGAUGCUCGACGUCUUUCGCGCAUUUGGCAAUCAGCGACAUUUCGAUCGACACGGUCUGCACAAUGUGAUGGAUGCUCUGUCGCAGACAGCACUCACGAUCGGGAUGGCACUUGUUAGUGUGAGUGCUGGCGUAGCGCUGUCCAAUGUGCUCAACAUCGACCAUCUCAUGAAUGCGGUGAGAUCUCGCUCGCAGCGCCGCUCAAGCUUACCGUCCUCGAACGUAGGUGACAAGGAGGGAGGCGAUAGAAAGCCAAAUAGCGAAAGUAUGGUACAACCAGGACAAGGACAUACGCUCGUCCUCGACACGUCAAUGUUCGUGCUCGGCUUGAUCUUCUGGAUCGCCUCUGGCAUCCUCUGUGCGCUCUACGCGCCCUUCCGACACGUCACGUUUAGCCUCGUCCUCGCGCCCCCGGGCACAGUGCUCCGCUGGUACCUCUCGCGUAUCAACACCUGGCCUGCGUCCAAACGCCUCUCCCUACCUCUUGGCACACUGGCCGCAAAUCUGCUCGCGACCGCCGUGAUCUGCGCCGCGUUCACCGCCUCGCGCGCCGGAUCCGUGCCCCGUUCCUUCCCCGGCGGCCUGACGGGCUGUGAGGCACUGCAGGGCCUGCAGGACGGGUUCUGCGGGUGCCUGUCGACGAUCAGCACGUUUGCCGUCGAGCUGCGCACGAUCAGGCCAAGGAGGAAGGCGGUGAGGUACGCCGUUGUGUCGUGGGUGGCGGGGGUGUUGGGGUGUGUGCUCUUGAUCGGCGCACCGUGGUGGUCGAUUGGGAUGGAUGGGCGGUGUCUUGGAUAUACUGAGUAG